AUGGUUCAACAAAUCCCCAAGGCCUCCAAGCUCCAGGACCUCUUCAGCCUGAAGGGCAAGGUCGUCGUCGUCACUGGCGCCUCAGGACCCCGCGGCAUGGGUAUCGAGGCUGCUCGUGGCUGCGCUGAGAUGGGUGCCGACAUCGCCAUCAGCUACUCUUCCCGUAAAGAGGGUGCCGACAAGAACGUCGAGGAGCUCACCCGCGAUUACGGCGUCAAGGUCAAGGCCUAUAAGCUCAACAUUGCCGACUACAACGACGUCGAGCGCUUCGUCAACGACGUCAUCGGCGAUUUCGGAAAGAUCGAUGGCUUCGUUGCUAAGUCAACACUCGUGACUAACAACUGCAGUGCGGGUGCUACCGCCAACGCCGGUGUCGUCGAUGGCACUGCCGCGGAUUGGGAUCACGUCAUCCAGGUCGACCUCAAUGGAACGGCGUACUGCGCAAAGGCCGUCGGAGCCCACUUCAAGAAGCAGGGUCACGGCUCAUUCGUCGUGACCGCGUCCAUGUCUGGCCAUGUCGCGAAUUUCCCUCAGGAGCAAACCUCGUACAACGUCGCUAAGGCCGGCUGCAUCCAUCUGGCCAAGUCUCUCGCCAAUGAGUGGCGAGACUUUGCCCGCGUGAACAGCAUUUCGCCCGGCUACAUCGACACCGGCCUAUCCGACUUCAUCGAUGCCGAAACACAAGAGCUGUGGAGGAGCAUGAUUCCCAUAGGACGUAACGGCGACGCAAAGGAGCUCAAGGGAGCCUAUGUGUAUCUCAUUAGCGAUGCUAGCACUUACACCACCGGUGCGGAUAUUGUCAUUGACGGUGGUUAUACUUGUCGGUAG